AUGGAUGUCAUCGAGAUCUCUCUUGGGGUCGUGCUGCUGAUACAGAUCAUCUCUGGUAUCUCAGUGAAUGCCUUCCUCCUUUUGUUUUACACCAGCACAGUCUCUGCCAGCCACAAGUUUAGCUCCUCAGACCUGAUCUUUGCCCACCUGGCCAUGGCCAAUACUAUCAUCCUUCUCACCAGUGGACUCCUAGAGACCAUGUCAGCCUGGGGACUGAGAAAUUUCCUUAACAAUAUCGGAUGUAAAAUCCUCUUGUACCUUUAUCGAGUGUCCCGGGGCCUGGCCAUCUGCACCACCUGCCUCCUGAGCAUCUUCCAGGCCAUCACCAUCAGUCCCGGCACCUCCCGCUGGGUAGGAGUCAAAGCCAGAUUACCCAAGUGUAUCAUCCCCUGCUGCCUCUUCUCUUGGAUCUUCAAUCUGCUACUAGAAAUGAUUACGCCAAUGAACUUCACUGGUCCCCAGAACAAUAGCAGUGUUCGAUACCCCCUGGACCUCAAAUACUGCUCAAGGGUCAGCCUCAGUGCAACGAUCAACCAGGUAGUCGCAGUUGUGCUUUCCACCAGAGAUCUGCUGUUUGUGGCACUCAUGAGUGUGGCCAGUGGCUACAUGGUGUAUGUCCUGUGCAGACACCACCGGCGGGUUCAACACCUUCACAGGCCUGGCCACUCCCCCAGGGCAAUGCCCGAGGUCACAGCGGCCAAGAGGGUUGUUGCCCUGGUGAUGCUCUAUGUCCUCCUCUAUGGGAGACAGUCGAUCACACUGAGUUUUAUAUUGAACAUGAAAGAAAGUCCCCCUCUGUUGUUGAAUGCCCACAUGGUGCUAUCAUUCACCUUCUCCACCCUCAGUCCGUUCCUGGUGAUUCACAGUGACCGGCGGAUGAGAAUUUUUGUCCAUAGGAAAUCUGCUUCCAGCUUAGAUCCCUCUUAG